ACCACCCCGCCGGGGAGCCCCUCCAGGCCGCCUCCGCCUCCCCGGCCCUCUCGAAGCCACCCCGCCCCCCUGCGGAGACGACACGGAGACAGGUUCAUGAGGGGCUCGAGAAUGAAUCCAGGUGACCGUAGGACACGGAGCAUCAUGUCAGUAGUAAUUGUGAUGGGUUUGUGCGGCUUCUUCUACAUACUAGGCGCUUGGCAGAAAAGUGGGUCAGGGAGGGGUGACAGUAUAGCACUGAGGGUGGAAAAGGAAACCGACUGUACAAAAAUCUUGUCAAAUUUGCACUUCGAGACUCAUCAUACCAUGGAUGGUGGUAAUCCGUUGGUCAUGAACAGUAAAGUGUUUAAGCCAUGCCAUAUUAGAUACAGUGACUAUACUCCUUGCCAAGACCAGAACAGAGCAAUGAAAUUUCCUAGAGAAAAUAUGACAUAUCGAGAGAGGCAUUGUCCUGCGGAAAAUGAGAAACUGCACUGUCUUAUCCCGGCACCAAAAGGCUAUGUCACCCCUUUUCCUUGGCCCAAGAGUCGCGACUAUGUUCCGUAUGCAAAUGCUCCGUACAAGAGUCUGGCAGUCGAGAAAGCUGUUCAGAACUGGAUCCAGUACCAGGGAGAUGUGUUCCAUUUUCCAGGAGGAGGGACAAUGUUUCCGAAUGGAGCAAGCGCUUACAUUGAUGAACUUGCAUCAGUCAUUCCACUUGCUGAUGGCACCAUUAGGACUGCACUUGAUACUGGAUGUGGGGUUGCAAGCUGGGGUGCCUACCUAAUGGAUAGAAAUAUAUUGACCAUGUCAUUUGCACCUCGAGACUCACACGAAGCUCAGGUUCAAUUUUCUUUGGAGCGAGGUGUUCCUGCAGUAAUUGGAGUACUUGGGACUAUAAAGCUCCCAUACCCAUCUAGAUCUUUUGAUAUGGCCCAUUGCUCACGCUGCUUAAUUCCCUGGAAGUCAAAUGAUGGAAUGUACAUGAUGGAAGUGGAUCGGGUUCUUAGGCCCGGGGGUUAUUGGAUAUUAUCUGGUCCUCCUGUCAAUUGGAAGACAUAUUACAAGACAUGGAAAAGAUCCAAACAAGAUGCAGAGGAAGAACAAAAGAGAAUUGAGAACAUUGCUGAAAUGCUUUGCUGGGAUAAAAUCUAUGAGAAGGGAGAUACUGUUAUUUGGCAGAAAAAGUUCAAUUCAAAUGCAUGCCAGAACAUGAAUGUUGUGCCUAGCAAGAUGUGUGAUGUACAAGAUGCAGAUGAUAUCUGGUAUAAGAAAAUGGAAGCUUGUAUAACACCUGUCCCAGAUGGAGCACAGCUACAGAAGUUUCCAGAGAGACUAUUUGCCAUCCCUCCCAGAAUUCUAGAAGGUACCCCAGGUGUUACAGAAGAAGUCUAUGAAGAGGAUAAGAAGUUGUGGAAGAAGCAUGUGGAUACAUACAAGAGGAUAAACAAGUUGAUGGGGACUUCGAGGUAUAGGAAUAUCUUGGAUAUGAAUGCAGGCCUUGGAAGUUUUGCUGCAGUGCUUUAUUCUCCUGGCUCCUGGGUCAUGAAUGUUGUGCCUACGAUAUCAGAGAGGAACACUCUCGGUAUCAUCUACGAGCGAGGUCUUAUUGGCAUAUACCAUGAUUGGUGUGAGGCCUUCUCUACGUACCCUAGGACAUAUGACAUGAUACAUGCCAGCGGCGUCUUCAGUUUGUAUCAGAACAAGUGUGACCUGGAAGACAUUCUUCUUGAGAUGGAUAGGAUCUUGCGUCCAGAGGGUGCUGUCAUACUACGGGACAGUGUAGAGGUACUGAACAAGGUGAGGAGGACGGUGACAGGAAUGAGAUGGAAGUCCAAGCUACUUGACCACGAAGAUGGCCCCCUUGUGGCCGAAAAAAUUCUGAUUGCUGUUAAAGACUACUGGGUUGGCAGCGAAGAAGGAAACCGUUCAUAGAUUCUUGAUCCAUGCAUCAUGAUUUUCUAUCAAUGAAUAGAUUUUGUUCAUAUCAUAGAUACAGAUCUCAGUUGAGAUGCUAUAGUCGACAAACAAUGGUGAUCCUGCGUAGAUGCUGGUUGUUCAUACGUUUUUCCAGGGUGUUAAAACAAGACUUAACUGAUGAAAUUUUCCAAAAGUUUUUUGUAGGUAAUACAGGCCUCUGAUUUUCAGUAAGGUUUUGUUGUACUGAGAUGCAUUUUAUAUCUUACAUGUUUAGGGAAUGAAAGCAGUUCAGGUUGGUAGAA